AUGAUCGCAGGAUCAUCCACUACAUCAGCAUCACCACUGACAACAAGCAGCUCACCUGUGACAUCUGGUUCAGCAGUGGUUACAAGCACACUUCAGUUCAACUCCUCAUCUCCAGUGCCCAGUCAGGAUCUGGUCCUCAAAGCUAUCGGUGAUCUCCGAAACUCCAGAGAGUCACAACUCAAUGAAUCAGUCAAGCUGCUGAAUGUGACCUACGAGAAAAUCUCUGAAAACUCCUACGAGGUCAAAUUAACAUUUGCUGUGAGUAACGUCAGCAUGCCAGUGGACAUUAAACAAAGAAACAGCACCUUUACACAUCUCCAGGAUGUUGUCAAUGUAGCGGUGAACACUCUUCUGAAUGAGCCUGGGAAAGCGUCUCUGCAACCCAACUCCUCCAGUUUCCAGAGCACACCAAACCAAAUUAAUGGCUCUUUGAAUUAUAUCAUCCGAGAUGGAGAUGCCAUACAACCAGUCAGCUUUCUACAAAAGCUCCAGUCACUGAAGGGAUCGUCCACUACAUCAGCAUCACCACUGACAACAAGCAGCUCACCUGUGACAUCUGGUUCAGCAGUGGUUACAAGCACAUUGCAGUUCAACUCCUCAUCUCCAGUGCCCAGUCAGGAUCUGGUCCUCAAAGCUAUCGGUGAUCUCCGAAACUCCAGAGAGUCACAACUCAAUGAAUCAGUCAAGCUGCUGAAUGUGACCUACGAGAAAAUCUCAGAAAACUCCUACAAGGUCAAAUUAACAUUUGCUGUGAGUAACGUCAGCAUGCCAGUGGACAUUAAACAAAGAAACAGCACCUUUACACAUCUCCAGGACGUUGUUAAUGUAGCGGUGAACACUCUUCUGAAUGAGCCUGGCAAGGCGUCUCUGCAACCCAACUCCUCCAGUUUCCUGAGCACACCAAACCAAAUUAAUGGCUCUUUGAAUUAUAUCAUCCGAGAUGGAGAUGCCAUACUACCAGUCAGCUUCAUACAAAAGCUCCAGUCACUCAAGGGAUCGUCCACUACAUCAGCAUCACCACUAAAAACAAGCAGCUCACCUGUAAAUUUUGUAUUUGGGUCAGCAGUGGUUACAAGCAAACUGCAGUUCAACUCCUCAUCUCCAGUGCCCAGUCAGGAUCUGGUCCUCAAAGCUAUCAGUGAUCUCCAAAACUCCAGAGAGUCACAACUCAGUGAACCAGUGAAGCUGGUUAAUGUCAGUUAUACAAAAACUUCAGAAACCUCCUAUGCAGUUCUUUUGACAUUUGUUCUGAGUAACAUCAGCAUGCCAGAAAAACCUGAGCUCAGAAACAACACAUUCCAGCUAGUGCAGGAUACUACAAAUAAUGCGCUGAACACUUUCCUGAAUGAGCCUGGCAAGGCCAUUUUUAAACCCAAUUCCUCCAACUUCUCGAGCACACAAAACAAGAUUGAGGGCAGUAUGGAAUAUGACUUCCAGGCUGAAGAUACCAUAAAACCCGUCAGUUUCCUCAAUAAUCUUAAUUUACCUCCUGGCACAACAACAACCAACACUCCGGUGACAAACACAACUUCGCUGGGAGAAGUGAUUAUUUACAUUAGACUGGUGUUUAUCACAGUGAAGAGUUCUCCAAAUGAGAGUACUGUUCUACAGUUAGCUUACUCUCUAUUAGAUGCACGUCUCAGAACCAAACGAGAUGUCCCACAACUGAGUGAUCCUGUAAGCUUUGUGGAUGUCACCUAUCAGAGAAUAUCUGAAAAAGUCUUUGCCCUCAAUUUUGGAUAUAUAAUCAACAAUGUGACAAUUGCUCAGAACCCGGUGCUGAAAAAUCAAACACUCGAGUUAAUUCAGAAAUCUAUAAAUAAACUGCUAAAUCAAAUCCUAAGUUCCCCAACAGCUACUCCUUAUCAGUUCAAACAAGCCAAUUUCACGGGUAAUUCCACUGUGAUCCGGGCUGAUGUGGAGUAUGUUUUCUCAGACAAUGACAUUAAAUCACCCAGCCCCUUUAUUAAAGAACUCAUUCUCAAAAUAAAUGGUAGCGUCACGUCUGGACCUGCUACAACCACCUUUUACCCCACAGUGGUGGCCACAACUGGGCGAAACAACAGCACUAGUGCAGCAUGGGUUGUGGCUAUAAUUGUUCCCUGUGCUAUAGCCAUCAUGCUUAUACCUUGCUGGAUUCUCCUUUGUUGUUUGCUCUGUGGUUGCUGUGCAGGAGUGAGAAGACGCUGGGAUAGACGGCGGUCGUACAACAUUCGCUACUAUAUUCACAACCUCUAAAAAAAUUAAAUAUAUAAAAAAUGUAUUGCAUUGAAAAGAUAUUCUGUCCUGUGUUGCUGGGCAUACAGGAUGUCUAGAGAACUGUGAUUAAUGUGAUGUUUUUACUACUGAAGGAUUUAUUUAUUUGAUAAUUAUGUGUUAUGUAAUAUUAUGUAAAUUAAUUAUUGUAUAUAAUUAUUAAUAAUAUAAUUAUAAUAACAGUAAUAGUAACAAAUUAUGUAAACAUUACUGUUGAUCUUGUUUUCCAAAUGUAAUUUAUUUGAAAGUAAAUGUUUUAUUUUUGGGGGACAAAAUUAGAAUGUGUUUAUAAUAACUUAUUUAUUCACACUUUAAGCACUUUAUCUACAGAAAACAUAAAAAAUGUUAGAUUCUAAUAUUAUCCACCUGUGUAAUUUAUUGUAACCUUAUGGAAAUGUGCAAAUUGUGCAAAACAGCAUUCACAUGCAUAGAGGACAAAUACACUAUACAGCCACAAGUUAAGAAGACUAUGUAUUUUAACCAUUAUUGUAAUGAUUUCAAUUAAAGACAGAUUAUAAAUGACCAUGUUCCUCAAAUCUGAAUAUGCAGUGCAAAGUUGUAAUAGACUGUGCGGCUGGGCCCUCAGUGGCUGACAUAUUAUUAAAUAUAAAUAAAUAAUAAACCCUUACAAUACUUUA